UGCUCACCAAUAUCCAAAACGAAAGUACUUACCGCCGGUAGGGCAUUUCCUCCCUUCUGUGCAAUCGUCGUCGUUGGAUCGACGCUAUGCAAUCUCCAAGAGUCAAAAUGAGAAAGGAACUUCUCAGAUCCUCUUUGUUCUUCUUCACUGCCAACGCACCUUCGGGGAAUCAGUUGAAAACCUUCCUCAGGAACAUUUCCUACAAAGCUUCUCUUUUUAAUGCAAUUGCUGACCCUACUUCUUCUAAUUCUAAACCUUCUGAUUCUGAUUCGACGAACCCCAAGACAUCUCUGCCUGUUAUUGAUGCGAGCUCAUCUAACCGCAAACCCAUUAGUUUAUGGCCGGGCAUGUACCAUUCACCUGCCACACAGGCUCUGUGGGAAGCAAGAUCCACUAUCUUUGAAAAGAAUGCUCCUGUGCCUUCACAAUUGCAUCUCGUUGCCAAAGCUCCUUCCCAGAGCAGGACGAGUAUUUUUUACAAAUUCUCUUCUGACUACGUGCUCAGAGAGCAGUACAAGAACCCCUGGAAUCAAAUUAGGAUGGGGAAGUUGGUCGAGGACCUUGAUGCUCUAGCCGGAACCAUUGCAUUUAAGCACUCAUGCAAUGAAGAUGGCACAACCAGACCCCUUAUAUUGGUUACUGCUUCCGUUGACAAAAUGGUUUUAAAGAAACCAAUUCUUAUUGACAUUGAUUUGACUAUAGACGGUGCUGUUACAUGGGUUGGCAGGUCAUCAAUGGAGAUACAACUGGAACUCAUUCAGUCAACACAAGGGAAUGCAGAUACCUCAGACUCACAAGCUCUUGUAGCAAACUUCACAUUUGUGGCUCGUGACUCCACCACUGGAAAGUCAGCCUUGAUUAACCAGAUCUCACCUGAAACUGAGCACGAAAGGUUUCUCUGGGAAGAAGCAGAACAGAGGAACAGACUAAGGAAACUGAAGAGAGCAGAAUAUAAUCAUGUUCAAAAUGGAGACACUGCUAGGCUCUGUUCACUAUUGGCUGAAGGGCGUAUUUUCAGUGACAUGCCAGCGUUGGCUAAUAGAGAUAGCAUCCUGAUGAAAGAUACUCGCCUAGAAAACUCUUUUAUCUGCCAGCCACAGCAAAGAAACAUCCAUGGUCGCAUUUUUGGAGGAUUUUUGAUGAGAAGGGCGUUUGAACUUGCUUUUUCAACAGCUUAUGUCUUUGCCGGUGCAGCACCACGUUUCUUAGAAGUUGACCAUGUUGAUUUCUUUAAACCUGUCGAUGUUGGAAAUUUUCUUCGUCUCAAGUCGUGUGUUCUAUACACUGAACGUGAAAACCUGACUGAACCUCGGGUCAAUGUUGAAGUUAUUGCACAUGUUAUAAAGCCUGAGCUCCGGUCCAGUGAGGUAUCCAACAGAUUCUACCUCACAUUUGCUGUGAAUCCGGAGGCCAUAAAAGGUGGGCGGAGGAUUCGGCAUGUUGUUCCAGCCACAGAAGAGGAAGCAAUUAAGGUGCUGGAACGCAUGGAUGUUGAAGACUCCAAGUUUAGUGUCUAAUCAGGAGAUUUUCAUCGGGGUCAGAGCUUUUUUUUCAGAAAACAAAAGAUGUGAUGCACUUAUCUGUUGGUCUAGAGGACAAAUAAUAAGUC